UUUAUGAACAAAAUUAUGCGGGCAAAAUCGCGCGAACCAGUCGGUGCGGUGGGUGGUGUAGAAAAAAUAAUUGUAAAAUAAACAGUGAAAAUGUCAUCGGAUCACAAGAAAGAUGAAGGUGUGCCAAUAGAAGAAGCUAUUGAUAAAGCUGGAUUUGGCCUCUACAGCUACCUUCUAAUCUGCCUCACCGGACUCGGGAUCAUAUCGUUCGUCUGCAUCACCUUUGGAAGCACCAUCAUUAUUCCCGCAAGUGCCUGUGAGCUAGAAACCACCACUGCUCAGCAAGGGAUGCUAGCUGCCGCACCGGUUGUGGGCUCAGUCAUCGGCACGCUAGUAUGGGGUUACUUGGCAGACACGCGCGGUCGCAAGAACAUGCUCAUGUAUUCUUUAUUGGGCGGCGCUACAAUCAACUCCAUCGCCAGCAUCUCUGUCAACUGGAUCAUGCUGAUGUUGUUACAGUUCGUGGCGGCCAUUUUUUCUUCGGGCCUGUACUCGUGUUCAUGUCUCUGGCCUCUGAGAGUGUUCCUAUGGCGAAACGUAACUUGGUGGUGUUAUUGAUAUCCAGCAUCUUCCUGCUUGCACAGGGCGUAAUGGCAGUUUUGGCUAUACCUGUCGUCCCUCUGAGAUUCUCUCACCACCUCCCAGCAUUGGGCAUCUACUGGAACUCUUGGCGGACGCUCGUCAUCGUCUACUCUCUGCCGAGCAUUGUUUCAGCAAUCUGGCUAAUUUUCAUGCAGGAGAGCCCCAAAUUUAUCUACACCAUGGGUGACAGGGAAAAGGCUUUGCAACACCUAACUGCAAUUUAUAAAGUAAAUAAGAUGAAGGCCAGGGCGGAAUAUCCGGUACAGAGCUUAUUGCUGGAUUCAACAGAGAAGAAUGAGGAGAAAUCAUCAGCGAAGGAUCAGAUCGUGCCGCUAUUUAAGAUGCCUCUCCUUAAAUAUACCAUAAUAAUGAUAUUACUCUUCGCUUUCCAACAAAUUGGGUCCUUCUUGGUGUGGCUUCCGACGAUACUGAAUCAGUUCAUCACUAAUAUUGAAACAGGAGAGGGUACCAACCUGACUGUAUGCGGAGUCUUACGGCUAGGCAUUGAAAAUCCUAUCGAACCAGACCCUGACGCAGUGCCGUGCGCCAUCAACGAAACCGCGCUGCUCAUGUUGCUGGCGGUAGGCGUGAUGAAAUCUCUCGUCAACAGCCUGCUUAGUCUGAUAGUCAACAAAGUCGGUCGCCGCAACCUGGUGAUGAUGAUCAGCGCUUUGUGCGGAAUCUGCGGUAUUCUAGUGAACCUCGUGCCCAACGCGUACGGCAGCAUCGUGCUGUUUGGAAUCUUCUCCGUGGGCAUCAUUGUCCUUGGGUUUUAUACAGCGAUCAUCGUUGCUUUGUUCCCGACACAUUUAAGAGCGUUGGCCAUAGCGUUACCCCUGACGUGCGGUCGUUUGGCGGUAUUUGCAGGCAUCCAGAUCCUCAACGUCUUACUGACGAUUAACUGCGACGUUGGCUUCUACGUUUUCGCAACUAUUUACGCCUCAUCUGCGAUAGUUGCAUCGUUCCUGCCAGACGACAGAAAAUUAGUACCUACAGUGGCGCCAUCUGAAGAUAAAGAAUUGACACAGAAAGAAGAAAUGCCACAAAGAUCUAUGACUGAACUUUGAAAAGAACAUAAUUUAAUACUCAUGUGUGUUUUGAUGUGAUGUUUUAAGCUGGGGUCACACUAAUCUCUACGUUAGGUUUACGAGUACUCAUAUUUUAUUAAAUAAUUUUUUAAUAGAUUUUUUAUGGAAAAAUGUUGGAAGAUUAAUAUUUGGUCAAAUGUUGUGUCCAUGUUCCAUGUAUUGCUAUACCACCUACGGUAAACUGUAAACUCUUCAAGCUCAUUAAUCUUUAUAAUUAUAAACUGUGCAUUUUCAUUAUUUUUAUUUAAUCCUGCAUAAAUAAAAGGUUUUAAUGCUUCAAAAUUAAGAGAUUAUGUUCCCAAAACAAUAAUAUUUAUAAAAAUAUAUUUAAUAAAUUGUAAAUACUUACCUAUU